GCAUAAUGUGACUUCAGUUCUGAUUUUUGGCCUAAAAACACUAUGUGUGCAUGUAAAAUAUAAUUAAUGUAAUGUUUGACCCUGGAGGAGAAUUUUUAUCUGACCUUUUAUCAGGAGUAAUUUUGGAAGCUGCCCAAAAUGUAAAAUCCCCUGAAGUUCUUCUAAAGAGAUGUUAAUGAAAAAACACUUAGGGGUAUGCUGGUCUCAGAUCUCUCUGAGGAAGAGAAACUUCAAUGUGACUUUGCUCAGAGAAGCCUAGAUUUUGAGACUGUUAUCUGCACAGAAAUAAGGUAAAAUGGAAGUCUGGCUAUUCUGGUCACAACAGCUAAACUUUAACCAAAUUGGAAAAAAAUUGUACAAAGUUCUAUAUAUGAGGUGACUUGGACUCUGCUUCUUGGGGCAAAUCACAUGUGCUUGCUUUGAUCCCCAAGGUUCAUCCAUCCUGUGAGAUGGGUACGAGACACUGCCCAUGUCCUGGUGUGGCAGUUCAGCUGUAAGGAAGCAAUCUGAUUUAGAUAUGCCUGGCUUAAAGCCUGCCUAGAGCCAGAACACGACCCUCAAACCAUGCAAAGCUGGAAGGUCUGUCUGCCACGAGCUGAGCCACAGAGGGAAGAGGCUGUAAGAAUUUUCUCUUUCCUUUCAGGCUCCUUUAGGACCUGAUUUUUUUUUUCAUUUGUUAAAGAAAAAUGCCUUCCUUGAGUGGAAAAGUGCAGACUGUCUUGGGCCCUGUGGAGCCUGACUGUCUUGGCAAAACGUUGACUCAUGAACACUUGACUAUGAACUACAGCAGCUGCUUUUGUCCACCUUCUCCAGGCCAAGAGCCUUUGUCUAAUGGGCCCAUUGAGAUGAAGAACUUGUUUUGGAUUAAGCAAAAUCCCUACAGCCACAAAGAAAACCUUCUUUUGUAUCAGGAGACAGAUGCUGUGAGGGAGGAGCUGCUGCAUUUUAAAGCAGCAGGUGGUGGGACGAUUGUGGAAAACACAACUACAGGAAUUGGCCGGGAUAUGAAUACUUUGAAGAAACUUGCUGAAGAAACUGGAGUUCAUAUUGUUGCUGGUGCUGGGUUUUAUGUGGAUUCCACUCAUUCUCCUCAAACACAGGCCAUGACAGUGGAGCAGCUGACAGAGAUUAUUGUUGAUGAGGUACUCAAAGGAGCAGAUGGGACUAAUAUCAAGUGUGGUGUGGUGGGAGAAAUAGGUUGCUCCUGGCCUUUGACUCCCAGUGAACACAGAGUGCUUCAGGCAACAGCAGAGGCUCAGUGCCAGCUUGGGUGCCCGGUUAUCAUCCAUCCUGGCAGGAACAGCGACUCCCCUUUCCAGAUCCUCCGCAUUCUGCAGGAAGCUGGGGCUGAUGCUUCCAAGACAGUCAUGUCUCACCUCGACAGGACCAUUUUUGAUAAAAAGAAACUUCUGGAAUUUGCUAAGUUUGGAUGUUACUUAGAGUAUGACCUGUUUGGUACAGAGUUCCUUCAUUACCAGUUCCAUCCAGAUAUCGACAUGCCGAACGACAAUGAAAGAAUUGCAAGGAUCCGUAUGCUGAUUGAUGAAGGCUAUGAAGACAGAAUUCUGAUGGCUCAUGAUGUGCACACCAAGAACAGGUUGAUGAAAUAUGGAGGUCAUGGAUAUUCACAUAUUUUACAAAAUAUAGUUCCUAAAAUGCUAAUUAGAGGCAUAUCCCAAGAUAAAAUUGAUAAAAUACUCCUAGCAAAUCCAAAGCGGUGGUUGACUUUUAAGUAGGAGCAAUGAAUAAAUAUGCCUGAUUUAUAAGGAAGCUUGAUAAAAUUCAGAUUUCAGUAGAGCAGUCAUUUAAAAAAAAUUUUGAAAAGCUAAAAAUUAAGUAGAUGCAAACAAACUAAUUGUAAUAUUUCUUUUUAAUUAGAACAUCAAAAUUAUGUACUGUCUUUACAUUUUCUCCCAUCUGAAAGUUUGCUCAUUAAUGAUUUACUGAAUAUGAGCCUACCGACAGAAUCUUUUCAACUGAAAUUUUAAAAUAAUUGUUUCAAAAGCAUAAUCUGUUACUGAAUGUUACCUCAAAACUACUUCUGAAGAUGUGUCACCUGGAAGGAAAUUUCCUUGAAAGAAAAUUUGUGGUUUUCAGUUAAAUUUCCUGUCUUCAGGGGCUGAUUUUAAUCUUUGUAAUACUGUCAAUCUUCUCAUUAUACUCAUAUUCUUUGAGUAAUACUUGAUUGAAAGGUCUGAAAGUUUUAAUUAGCUUCCAUUGACAAGAGAAGGCAAGAGGAAUCUCAAAUCAAAAAAUAUAAAGUUUCUUUCUAGUUUAACAAUUUACUUAAUUGUAACUGAAAAUGUAAAAAAAUACAUGGAAAAAUAUAUUUUUGAAUAAAGCAUUUUGAUCACCUCUUAAAGUA